AUGCUCGUAUUUCUAUUUUGUUUUCUUCUGUUACCUCAGACCCUGUUUGCUAUUGGACCAGCCGAAGGUUUUGUGUCGACGCUGACCUUUCCCAUCUCUGUUGAACACGACCUUGAAGUGCCUACCAUACAGAAUCCAUGCGAGUGUGUCUUAGCUGUCGCCUAUACAUCUGGAACAACCGGCCUACCGAAAGGCGUCGAGCUGACACACUACAGCUUUAUGGCAAAUCUGAUAACAGGAAGAUGGGCCUUUCCAUGGGACGAGUCCGACGUCGUACUGCUUCCCACGCCCAUAACGCAUGGUAGUGGUCUUACACUCGUAACCAUCAGCGUGCUGCUUGGCUCAACGUGCGUAAUAGCAACGCCGAAAUCCAACCUGCAGGAAGUAUCAGAAGCUGUCGAGAAGCACAAGGUUACGGCUGCUUUCCUCCUCCCCUGGCACCUCCAGUUCUUGGUCGGCGAAAUGCAGCGCACGGGACGGCGGCUCAAAGGGCUGCGCCGAGUGGGUACCGGCGGCAGCCCCCUCUCUCGGACGCAGUACGAGGUGGCAAAGGAAGCCUUCGGUGGCACCCUCGAGUGCCUAGCGAACGUUUAUGGCAUGACCGAAGCCAUGGGUGUGGUGUGUUCCCCAUCGAUGGAAGGUGCCGUCGGCAACGACAUCGGCUUUCCUGCGCCCUUGAGCCAGAUAAAAAUUGUUGAUCGUGCAACCGGAGAAAAGCUUGGUCCAAACAAAACAGGCGAGAUCUGCUUUCGCGCGCCGAUGGUGAUGAAAGGCUACUACAAGCGCCCGAAAGAAACCGCCGAGUUCUUCGACGAGGAAGGAUGGUGCCAGUCAGGAGACGCUGGAUACUACGCGGAGGAUGGUCGCAUACAUUUUGUGCAGCGAUUCAAAGAGAUGAUCAAAUGUAUGGACAACCAGGUGGUCCCGGCGGAGCUAGAAGAACUCCUAUUAGAUGCGCACUCAUCGGCAAUUCUCGACGUCUGCGUUUUUGGAAUGCCGAAUCCGGAUUACGUGGAGGCACCCGCCGCUGCCGUAGUGCUGCGAGACAAAGGCAGCACGAAAGAUCUGGCUAAGCUUGCCAGCGAAUUGAAGUCAACCAUAGCGGGUAACUGUGCCAUACACAAGCACCUGUAUGGAGGCGUCUACUUCUUGGAUUCUCUGCCCAAAACUGAGUCCGGCAAAACAAACAGGACGGCUGUUCGCGACAACUGCGCCUCAAUCUCCCCAAUGUAGAUACCACACAGAAAUUGUACAUCUUUGUUUUUACGUGAUGCUGACGUUAUAGCCUGUUAGUCAGCUUAAGUUUGCCAAAAAUCAACCUUAUAUAAUGAAAGCUACCAUUUUAUUGUUGAAAGCAUGUUGAAAUUUUUCCGAUUCAAGGUCGUAAUACGCGUUUUAAACUAACAUGAUACAUGUUACUAUAAGGUAAUACUGAUUACUCGUUGUUACUAUUUACCUACCGGCUGGGUCUCUUGCGUCGCAUUACCUUCGUGCUAGCGCAAUAAAGACAAAAGGUGUGUUUUU